AUGAAGGUAACACUCUUCUUAGCGAUUUUCAUGCUGAUGCUGAUGAGCAUUGCUAAUGCAAACAAUCAUGCAAGUGCAACAUGUCCAAUUCCACAAACAAAUACGCCCAUUCCAGCGUAUUUCAAGGAGAUGAACAAAAUCUUGAAGCUCUUAUCCGUUUUUGAGCCUUAUUCUGAUGCAAGACCUGCGAAUGCUACAUUUGAACGUUCAGCAAAAAGGUUGUUUAGACUUGGCAGGACUAUGGAUCAAGCAAGUCAAGUAUUGAUGCAACAAAACGGCGACCUUGACAAAUCAAGCGUUGAGAAGAUUGACAAUUCGCUCAAAUUGAGUGUUCAAUACGUCGUGAAUAUUACCAAAUUGGUAGAAUAUGGAAAGCCGUUAUCGGAUAAGUACAACUAUACAGCAGAGAAUGUCCAGAUCAUUCAAGGCGUUACAAGUCAAUAUUCAACGCUAUUCAAAGCUUUGAUUGCACAUGUGCCACAUUGUGCAGCUUAUUCAUCAAUCACACUUUCGUUUGCCAAGAUUAUUUGUGCUUUGGUAGAAGCGAUGGAAUACCUACAACCGGGUGCAUUUGCAAAAGGCGGAAAAGAAUUUUGCGAUCAGCUUCCAACCAACAAAAAUCCGCCAAACCCAGAAGAAAUUGAAUGUAUCUUCACUCCUCCCGCUGCGUUUACUCAAUGCGGUAAUAGCACAACUGCUAUGUUCAAGUAUGGCACAGAUAACAAUCUUAUGGGUAAACCACAAUCGUCCGAAUGGUGUCCUUCGAACGGCAAUCCGUCAACGUGCACUUAUCAUCCAAGCUGUGCGUUUUCACAGUCAUCCGCUUGGUGA